UGAAGUAGCAAUUACUGGGCCUGUACCGUUUCUGGGAAUCCGCCUCUCACUACUGGUGUAGACAUUUCCAGUGAAGCUACCUUUGCAUUUGAAGCUACCUAUAUGCGAUAACUGCUAUUUUGUUUGUCUUUCUCUGUUCACCAUACAGCCAAUUUCAAUGUACCACGAUCCGUUCCUCUGCAGUAGUUAAUUCGUCGGAUUCAGAGAAAGAGGUUCUACUUGGGUGGGUCUCUUUGCAAGAAUGGAUUUGCGUAAUUCAGCACCGUGCUUCUUCGCCGAAUUACUGGUAAUAUUAAUGAUCAAAACCACAUGUUGUCUGUCCAGUAUCACUUGGGAAGUGCAACGCUUUGAUGGUUGGUAUAAUAAUUUGGCCAAUCACAAUCGAGGUGCUGCAGGUUCUCCUCUCACGCGCCUUCUUCCUGCACGAUAUUCGGACGGCGUGUAUCAGCCUCUCGACGAGCCCCAGUUACCUAAUACACGCGAGGUCAGCAAUGUUGCCAUGAGUGGCCCUUCUGGUUGGCCCUCCAUGCGGAACAAGACUGUCCUCUCAGUAUUUUUUGGUUACCACGUUGUAUUUGAGAUUGUCGACUCCAGACAUUCUGGCUGCCCGCCAGAAUUUAUGGACAUUUCGGUUCCAAAAGGUGAUCCUGUUUUUGAUCCCAAUGCUACCGGAAAGACCCUGCUUCCAUUCCAGCGGGGCCAGUGGGCCAAAGACACCAGCCAGAGCCCCAACAACCCCCGUACACAGGUAAACCAUGUGACCGCCUGGAUAGACGGAAGCUCCAUCUACGGAUCGUCCAGUUCCUGGUGUGAUGCCCUGCGGAGCUUCUCGGGCGGCCGCUUGGCCAUGGCGCCUCUGCAGAACCUCCCCAGGCAGUCUGACCAUCUCUACUUUAUGUGGAACUCCGCAGACCCCUCUACUGGAGAGCAUGGGAGGCAUGGGCUCUAUGAAUUUGGGAAUGCCAGGGGCAAUGAGAAUGUGUUCACAGUGGCAGAGGGGAUUAUCUGGUUUAGAUACCACAAUUACCUGGCCUCCGAGAUGCAAGUACAACACCCGUCGUGGUCAGAUGAAGAACUGUUUCAAAAUGCCAGGAAAAGGGUUAUUGCCACAUUCCAGAAUAUUGUAUUUUAUGAAUGGCUGCCAGUCUACCUGGGGAGUGAGACUGUACCUUCCUACCCUGGAUACCAGAAAUAUGUGGAUCCUGGGAUCUCACCAGAAUUUCAGGCAGCUGCCAUGAGGUUUGGAUCCACUAUGGUUCCCCCUGGUGUUUACAUGAGGAACAGGACCUGCCACUAUCGGCACAUUAUCAAUAUCGAUGGAAGCACCGCUCCAGCCCUACGCGUGUGCAACAGCUUCUGGAACAGGAAGAACCCGAACCUGCAGGUGAGCCAGGAUGUGGAUGACCUCAUCAUGGGCAUGGCCUCGCAGAUUGCAGAGAGAGAAGACAACAUCAUUGUGGAAGAUUUAAGAGAUUACAUGUACGGUCCUUUACUGUUCUCCCGAACUGACCUGGUGGCCCUGACCAUCCAGAGGGGCAGGGACUCUGGUCUGCCCAGCUACAACCAGGCCCGCGUGGCAUUGAACCUAAAGCCAGUCACCAGGUGGGAGGAAAUCAACCCAGAGCUGAACCGGACUAGUCCACAGUUGUUCCAGGAUCUGGCUGCACUCUAUGGUAAUGACAUUUCCAAACUGGAGCUGUUCCCAGGGGGGCUCCUGGAGUCCUGGGGGGCCCCGGGGCCUGUUUUCUCCUCCAUAAUUCUCGACCAGUUUCUGCGCAUCAGGAAUGGAGACCGCUUUUGGUUUGAGAAUGUUCAAAAUGGUUUGUUCACAUCUGAGGAGAUAGAAGCCGUUCGUGAUACCACCUUCCACGAUGUGCUAAUCGCUGUUACCAGCGCAGAACCAGGGGACAUCCAGAAGAAUGUUUUCCUGUGGGAAGACGGUGAUCCCUGUCCACAGCCUCAGCAGAUACAUGUAAAUCACCUCCAGCCCUGCACCAACGCCACCACCCUCGACUACUUUGAAGGCAGCCAAGCUGGAUAUGGGAUCACUAUUGCGGCCUUGAUACUCCUACCUUUCGUAUGUUUUCUCUUUGCUGGUCUGGUGGCUUAUUUCCGUAAGUCCAAGUUCAAGAGGUUUCAGAAGAUGCAGCGGGCUGUAGAUAGCAAAGAGGAACUGGCUGUGGGAAUCUCAGCUGCUGAGUGGCAGGGCCCUAAAGAAGCCCUGCGGCCUGUGGCCCUGGAUCUGGACUCGCAGAGAAGGCUGCUGGUAAUGGACGCCAGUGGCAGCAGCACCCUCCGCUCCCUCCAGCUGGGAGGCCAGAGUCAGCUGGACAUUGUCCUCUCCAACAACCUCCAUCAACGGGCCCUGCUGCUCAAAGUCCCCAAAGAGUAUGACCUGGUGCUGUUUUUUGAGGACGAGAGCAAACGUGCUGAGUUUGUGGGACGUCUGCAGUGUGGCACGCCUGAAGAGGAGCUGGGCGUGGCCGUGAGGGAGAUGAGGGAGCAGGAGCUGCUGAAGGAGGCCGUGACCAGAGAGCAGAGGGCAAAGAUCGUGGAAACCUUCUUCAGGCACGCCUUCGCACAGGUCCUGGAUAUUGAGAAAAGUGAUGCGGGGGAUCUGAGUGCCGUACCAUGCAGUAGGACCAGGGAAGCUCUCCAGUGUGAGCUUACGGCUGCUGAGCUCGCUAAUGCCUUGGGCCUAAAGCCUGACUCUCUCUUUGUGGACUCCAUGUUCACUCUGGCUGACAAGGACGGCAAUGGCUACCUUUCCUUCCAGGAAUUCCUGGAUGUCAUCGUCAUCUUCAUGAAAGGUUCCCCUGAGGAAAAGUCCAAGCUUCUGUUCACUAUGCAUGACAUUAGUGGAGAUGGUUUCCUGUCCAAAGAGGAGUUCUCCAGAUUACUGAGGUCUUUCAUCGAAAUCUCCAGCAACUGCCUCUCCAAGAGCCAGGCGGAUAGGGCCAUCGAGGCCAUGCUGGAAGCCGCUGGCUUCGACAACAAGGAACACAUCACCUGGGAGGACUUCCACUUCCUGCUGCGCGACCACGAGAAGGAGCUGCAGUUCGCUCAGCUCAAUGUCAAAGGUAUGGAGAUGCAGGGCAGAAGGCGACCCCACAGGAGCCAGCGCGUGUCCUUCAUCACCACAGGAGUUCUACAGACCAACAUGGACAAUAAUUUGACCUACGGCAGUCAGGGGAAAGAGGGGCCAGAACUGCGCAGGAGAUUGCCGAAAAAAGCAGGGUUCAGCAGUCCACAUGUGUACGUGAAGCCCCGGAGAGAGAGGUACAACAGGAGCCGGCUGCAGCAGAGGAUCCAGCAGUUCAAGCGCUUUGUGGAGAACUACCGUCGCCACAUCGUCUGCUUCGCCAUCAUAUGUGGAAUCACUGCCGGUGUGGCUCUGGAGAGAUGCCUCCACUAUGGUUUACUGGCAUCGGCCAGUGGCCUCCCGGAAACCAGUGCAGUGGGCAUCAUUGUCGCCCGCGGCUCGGCUGCUGCCAUCUCCUUCCUCUUCCCCUACAUGCUGCUGACCGUCUGCCGCAACCUCAUCACCCUGGGCCGUGAGACCUUCCUUAACCGCUACAUCCCCUUCGACGCUGCCAUCGACCUCCACCGCUGGAUGGCCAUGGCCGCCAUCGUUCUCACAGUUGUUCACACCCUGGGUCAUGCGGUCAAUAUCUACAUCUUCUCUAUCUGCAAUCUCAGCAUCCUUGCCUGUCUGUUUCCCAAAGUUUUUUUCAAUGAUGGGUCUGAACUUCCACAGAAGUGGUCCUGGUGGUUCUUUCAGACAGUUCCAGGCAUGACCGGUAUUUUGUUGCUUUUCGUCUUGGCCGUCUUGUACGUCUUCGCCUCACGAUACUUUCGCCGUAUCAGUUUCCGUGGGUUCUGGAUCACCCAUAAGCUCUAUGUGCUUGUCUACACUUUGACUGUCGUCCAUGGUAGCUUCGCUCUCCUCCAACAGCCUCGAUUCUACAUCUACCUGAUCCCACCUGCCAUCCUCUUCCUUCUGGACAAGCUCAUAAGCCUCAACAGGAAGAAGGUGGAGAUCCCUGUGGUCAAAGCUGAGCUGCUUCCCUCAGGUGUGACCUACCUGGAGUUUAAGCGUCCUCAGGGCUUUGUGUACCGGUCGGGACAGUGGGUGCGGAUAGCAUGUCUGGUCCUGGGCACAGACGAGUAUCACCCCUUCACUCUGACCUCGGCCCCCCAUGAGAAGAAUCUGAGCCUGCACAUUCGAGCGGUGGGGCCUUGGACCACUCAGCUGCGUGAGGUCUAUGCCCCCGAUAUGCUAAAACAGCUGGGGGAGAACCCAAAGCUUUAUCUGGACGGGCCCUUUGGGGAGGGGCAUCAGGAGUGGAAGAGCUUUGAGGUGUCUGUCCUGGUGGGUGGUGGGAUAGGGGUCACUCCAUUUGCCUCCAUCCUCAAAGACCUGGUGUUCAAGUCCUCAGUGAAGUUCAGGGUUCAGUGCAAAAAAGUGUACUUCAUCUGGGUAACUCGUACCCAGAGACAGUUUGAGUGGGUAUCUGACAUCAUCAGGGAGGUGGAAGAGCAGGACACCCAGGAGCUGGUCUCUGUCCACAUCUACAUCACACAGCUGGCUGAGAAGUUUGACUUGCGGACCACCAUGCUGUACGUGUGUGAGCGGCACUUCCAGAAGGUGUGCAACCGCAGCCUGUUCACUGGCCUGCGCUCCGUCACUCAUUUUGGUCGACCGCCGUUCCUGUCCUUCCUCAGCUCUCUCCAGGAGGUCCACCCCGAGGUGGGCAAAAUUGGGGUGUUCAGCUGUGGACCCCCUGGCCUGACCAAGAAUGUGGAGAAAGCCUGUCAGCAGAUGAACAAGCGUGACCAGACUCACUUUAUGCACCACUUUGAGAAUUUUUAACUUGGCAACAGAUUGGCUGUACAUGGCCACCAUUUUACUAUGAAGGAAUAUACCCCAAAGAAGGAAACCAUGGAAAUGCUAAUGUGAACCUUCUUGUGCAGUACAGCUUUAGAAUGCAAGCUCCAUAUCAGAGGAGUACAAUCCAUGUGUAUUAAAUCGAAUACAGUGUGAAAUUCACUAUUUUCAAAGUAUGUAUCUAAAAUUUUAAUAAUAGGGAAUUUAAUGGUUUUUAAUAAUUUAUAAAAUAAUAAUAUAAUUUCAUGAUUAAUUCAUGAUUGGGCAGUUGUUAACAUUGAUUUCUUAAUUGCUGAUCAAAUCCCUGGAGUACUCAGUGGAGUAAUUUUGAACAAUAAAAUGUAAAUUUCUUACA